AUGGAUGAAUUUUUAGCGCAUAAAAAAACAAGUGGUCGUCACUUGGAGCGUUUACCGCCAAUCGACGAUUUGGCAUUUGGUGGCCGAGAUUCAUUUUUGUCACCGGAUGAUCUCUCUGAUGGUGGUUCUUUUGCUGAUAGUCCACCUUCUUCGAUAUCAUCGGAGUCAAAUGAUUAUCGAUCAUCCAGUGAGUCAGAACAACGUCGAGAAUCUGUCAGUUCAUGUCCUAGCCGUAGCUCAGGGACAAAUCAGUUAGGUCGUAUUUACAGUCCUGGAUUACCGCUAUCGAUGAGUGAACGAGAACAAAUUGUUAACCUCUACAAGAGUGGCUGGAAAAUCUGUGAUAUAUCAAAACGCCUAUGUAUUACACACAGUUGUGUAUCGAAAAUUUUAAAUCGAUAUAGGACGACAGGAUCAGUAAAGCCAAAAGAUGCUAAAGAAGGUCGAACCGAAUCACCGUUAGUGACUGCCAUUCGAGAUUAUAGAAUGAGAUUGGGUAUGAGUCGGCAAGCGGAAAUUCGAGAACAGUUGAUCGCUGACGGCAUUUGCAGCCGAGAAAAUGCUCCGUCACGAUCAUCAAUUAAUCAGUAA